CCGCCGCCGGUCGCUCACGAUGUCGCUCCCCACCACCAACUCGCCUGACACCACGCUCGACAGCCUCGGCAGCGCCGCCGCCCGCGCCACGCUCCGGGCGCAUCCCAGCCGCGGCUACGUCCAGAUCGAGCCGCCGGUCGAGCCGAUGCCGCGGCUUUCCAAGGAGCUUGGCGGUGCGGUGGAGCUCUUUGUCAAGCGGGACGACCUCCUGCCGCUGGCGGGCGGCGGCUCCAAGACGCGCAAGCUCGACUACCUCGUCCAGCAGGCGCUCGACAGCGGCGCCGACACCCUCGUCACCUGCGGCGCUGUCCAGAGCAACCACUGCCGCCUGACCGCCUCUGCGGCCGCGCGCGAGGGCCUCGGCUGCCACCUCGUGCUCGAGGAGAGGGUGGCCGGCAGCUACAGCCCCGAGGCGGGAGGGAACAACUACGUCUUCGGGCUGCUCGGCGCAAAGACGCAGGUCGUCCCGCUCGGCGGAGUCGACGCCGCCGUCGCCGCGCUGAUGGAAGAGCUCAAGGCGGCGGGCGCCACGCCCUACUACAUCCCCGGCGGAGGGUCCAACGCUCUGGGGGCACUCGGCUACGCGCGCGCCGCCAUCUCAGUCGUCGAGGAGGCGCGCAAGGCGGGCCGCCCCUUCGACGCGGUCGUGCUCUGCUCCGGCUCGGGAGGCACCCAUGCCGGGAUGCUCACCGGCAUGCGCGCCUGCGGCGACCAGACGAAGGUGUAUGGCGUCUCUGUCCGCUUCGACGCCGCGAAGCAGAAGAGCCGGAUCGAGGCGCAGUACAAGGAGUGCGCGAAGCUGUUUGGCAACGAGGCGCCCGAGGAGGACGUGGUGAUCAUCGACUCGCAGGUGGGCCCCGGCUACUCGCUGCCGACGCCGGAGAUGCGAUCCGCCGUCGAGGCCUUCGCCAAGCUCGAGGGCAUCCUGCUCGACCCCGUCUACACGGGCAAGGGCGCCGCCGGCCUGCUGCAGCUCGUGCGGGAGGGCGCCUUCCAGCCGGGGGCGCGGGUCCUCUUCUUGCACACGGGAGGGGCGCCGUCCCUCUUCCACUACCAGCCCGUCCCCGAGUGACGCCGCCGCCGCCCGCUUCGACCGGCGCGAGGUCAUUGGACCAGGCUUUUGCUGUCGCUGAGCUGUCGGAAGAGUCCCACCACGCGGGAGUGAGGAUGUGUGAGUUGCGCCAUAUGUCCGGCCGGCGUGUCCCGGGUGUGCAUGCAUGCGCAUAUAUUAUUUUUUAUGA